AUGACUUCCCCAAGUCAACAGCAUAUGACAAUUGUCAAUCCUCCCCCUCCAAAAUAUGUCAAUACUCAAGGAACUGGGCAUUUAACAAAUCAGCUUCAAUAUUUGCAGAGGGUGGUCAUGAAAGCAAUGUGGAGGCAUAACUUUUCCUGGCCAUUUCAUCAGCCUGUAGAUGCUGCAGGUCUAAAACUUCCAGAUUAUUAUAAUAUUAUUAAAAAACCAAUGGACUUGACUACAAUUCAGAAACGUCUGGAACACAACUAUUACGCAUGCGCUGUGGAAUGUAUCGAAAACUUUAAAACGAUGUUCGCAAAUUGCUAUUUGUAUAACAAGCCGGGUGAUGACAUUGUUUUCAUGGCCCAGGAGCUCGAAAAAGUCUUUCUGCAGAAAGUUGCACAGAUGCCUGCAGAGGAGAAAAUAGUGGCGAUCAAUAAAGGAAAACGAAAGUGGAAAAAACCAGCCGUUGCUGAGCAAUCUGACAUGGGCAUCUCUCAAGUUAAGCAAAGCCAACGGCCAAAGCCGCCUAGGAAAGUUAAGCAAUUUCAGAUGGUGAGGACGAUGCCACAGCAACAUGCCCCAGAACCUUCACCUGUAACUGUAUCAUCAAAUGUAAUGCCAGCUACUGAAACAGUAACCAAAGGUAUAAAACGGAAGGCUGAUACUACUACUGCAAACAUCACAGCAAGCAGCGAAUCCUCUCCAGCACCCAAUGAACCCAAGAUUGUGAAGAUCUCCUCUAAGGAGGAGUGUGAAGAAUCCCUAUCAAAAAGAGGCAUGGCAGACUCCCGGCAACCACCAGAACCCAUAAAAAGCAUAAAGCUAACAGAACCACUGAAAUACUGUAACGAGAUCCUCAUAGAAAUGUUUUCCAAACAGCAUGCAGCAUAUGCUUGGCCUUUUUACAAACCGGUAGAUGUUACAGCCUUUGGACUCGAAGAUUAUCAUGACAUUAUUAAAUAUCCUAUGGAUCUUGGAAUGAUUAAAAAGAAAAUGGAAAACUAUGAGUAUAAAGAGACACAAGAAUUUGCUGCUGAUGUUAGGCUAAUGUUUAUGAACUGCUACAGAUACAACUCUCCAGACCAUGAGGUGGUGGCAAUGGCAAGGAAACUCCAGGAUGUCUUUGAGAUGCAGUUUGCCAAAAUUCCAGAUGAGCCAGCUACCUGUAGGCCUCUGCUGACACCCAUUGCAAGGAUGGCAGCACCUAUUUCGAGUGAGAGCAGCAGUGACACCUCCUCUGAGGACUCGGAAGAAGAAAGAGCAAGGCGCCUUGAAGAGCUCCAGGAUCAACUUAAGGCUGUUCAUCAGCAAUUGCAAGCUUUGGCUAAAACAACCUUACCCAGAUUGAAAAAGAGGAAAAAAGGAAAACCCAAGAAGGAGAAAAGAAAAAACAAAGUCAAAGACAGGACUGGGAGUCAAAAGAAGAAAAAGAUGAAGCAAAUGAAGAAGCUGAAGAAGAAAAUGUCUUUGAACAUUCGUUCAAAGAAAAUCAAGCCGCAAGAGGAGCCAGCGCACAAGUCUGAGGACGAGGAUAAUGCCAAGCCUAUGAGUUAUGAUGAAAAGAGGCAGUUAAGUUUGGACAUAAAUAAACUCCCGGGAGAAAAGCUUGGCAGAGUGGUCUAUAUUAUUCAGUCAAGGGAACCUUCGCUGAGACACUCAAAUCCUGAUGAAAUAGAAAUAGACUUUGAAACUCUCAAAGCAUCAACACUAAGGGAGCUGGAGAAAUAUGUAAUGGCUUGUUUGAGAAAAAGGCCAAAGAAACAUUAUGCGAAAAAAUCCAAAGAAGAACUUAAUUUUGAGAAGAAACAAGAAUUAGAAAGGAGGCUGCUGGAUGUCAAUGGGCAGCUCAACUCUAGAAAAGAAAGUGCAAAAUGUAGUGCUCCUCCCUGUCUUGCAGCUGAAAAUAAUGCCGUUCCAAAGAUCAUUGGAGGGCCAAGCCGGCUGAGUGAAAGCAGCAGUAGCAGUAGCAGCACCUCCUCUGACUCAGCGAGCACCAGCAAUGAUUCCAGCUCCUCUGGCAGCAGCGAUUCUGAAUCAGAAAUGUGCUUAAAACAAAAUGGGAAUGGGAAAAAGGAUUUGUUUUGCAGAGAGCAGCUUAAGAUGCCACUGCUUCAUCGAAGGAUGUCCUGCAAUAUUAUCCCCCAACUACAAAACUCUUUGCCUGCUGGCAUGCCGUCUCAGAUGGGGAUCGGCCACCAGAUACUGCAACAUGCCCAAUCUUUACAGCGUACCCCGCUUAAACUUCGAGAGCAAAGCAUCCUCUCUCCUGCAGGAAUUGUGGCUGUUGUGUCCCCAUUGCACUGUACUCCAGUUCAACAAGGACCUCAAAGCGGCUUACUGGUAGCCCACUCCUCUGUUAUUCAGUCUCCUCCUAUGCUUUCGGAGGUGUCUUGUUGCUGCUCCUCCCCAAAUAUCCCGUCGAGUGAUACCAAAGAGAUUGGAAAAACAUCAUCAUUGCAUCUGGCGCAACCAUCUGCUCUCUGUACUGAAACCUCUUUGGGAACUGCCAACUCAAACCCUAUUAAUCAAGAACAAAAACUGAAGACUAGUUUCCCAGAUGGUCCGUGUGGGCAACGUAGGAUUGAUUCGGCACAUGCCAGUGUUCCAGCAAGCUGUUCUGAUAAUUGUGAGGGUAAAAAAAAGAGAGAUACUAAACCUCAAAUUCCUCUAGCGAAGGGCAUAAAAGUCAAGCAUGCAGAUUCCUGGACAAGUUUAGGUAAGAUGAUACCUGCUCCAGUCUCAAUCAAGUCCUCCAAUGAAAGCUUCAGGCAGUUCCAAAAAGCAGCCCUAGAAAAAGAAGAAAGUGACUGGGCAAAGGAACGAAAAAAGCAAUUGGAGCAAACCGAAAGGAAACUGAAAAACCUCCCUCAGGAAAAAGAGAGAAACCUUGGAGAAACAGAUUUGAAAUCCACUGCAGUAAAAGCAAGCUGUUCACCCAUAAAAGGAGAGGCAUAUACAAAAGAGCAACUUCACUCACCACAAAAUCUUGUUGCAGACCGUAACUUGGCAAGGAAAAUGGAGCAAGAGCGCAGAAGGAGAGAAGCGCUGGCAGGCACUAUUGAUAUGAAUUUUCAAAGUGAUGUUAUGGCAACCUUUGAAGAAACCCUGCAGUGAGAAGAAUGGAAGAUGGGUAAAAUGCGGGUAACGUUCUUUACAAAGUGAUGAUGGAUUCCAGACCACUGAGCCUGACAUGGGAAUAAGCUUCUUCAGAUGGAACAUCACCACAAUUGUUAACUGUUCAAAAACCAGUGUAUUACUGCAAUAAAUUCAGUUUUAUAAAGCAGGUAACAUUAAAAUCAUAAAAGGACGUGUAAACUUCUUAGUGUAAAGGCAUAAUUGGUCAGUAGCUAACUCGUUUACAACACAGUUUUCUGAACACAGUCACAGUUGAAAUACAACUUCUACUUCCAAACAUUUUAACCCUCUGUUUUCAAAAAAAC